CGAAAAUAUUUCCAGUAGAAGAUGACAGAGGGGAAAGCAUUGGGAGCAUCUUGCUGAAAGAAGGCGCACAGCCGUCGCAUUGCUCCGCCCGCUUGGAACUCCCAACUGUUCCGAUCCCUUCAGAUCUGCUGUUUUCCAGUUUCUCGGAGCCGUCAUCAAGUUUCGAUCUUUCUCGCACCACUGUAUCAGGCCCCGGUUACGAGAUUAAAGUCUUGCUUCACUCUGUUGCUCGAAUCCCGUGUUAGAUGUUGUAUUCGUAUCCUGAUCUGCGCACCCGAUAUCUGGACCAGAUCGAGAGAUAGAGAGAAACCUGUCGCACUUUAUGUGGCUUCUGGUCUUGAAGUAACUGGCUCCGGAAUUCCAGGGUAAAAUAGGGUUCUUUUUUGGUACUCCAUCCAGUUGAAGAUGGUCUUCUGGGAAGGGUACAUAAGUGAUGAGUUGAUGGGCACCUUUGCCCCAAUCGUAGUAUAUUGGCUGUACGCAGGAGUGUAUCAGCUGUUGCCGUCUCUGGACCAGUACCGAUUGCAUACUAGAAAAGAAGAGGAGCAGAAGAAUUUGGUGCCUUUACCUUCUGUGAUUAAGGGAGUUUUGCUUCAGCAGUUGGUUCAGGCCACAGUUGCAGGACUCAUGUUCUUGGCGACUGCCAAGCCAACUUCAACAGGUAGCAUAACUCAACCACCGCUACUUGUCCAACUGAUCCAAAUUGUGGUAGCAAUGUUCUUAAUGGACACAUGGCAAUACUUCAUUCAUCGAUACAUGCACCAGAACAAGUUCUUGUACCGGCAUAUCCAUUCACAGCAUCAUAGACUUGUUGUUCCUUACGCUAUUGGUGCUCUUUACAAUCACCCACUGGAGGGGCUUCUUCUUGAUACCUUUGGUGGUGCCAUCUCAUUCCUGAUCUCAGGGAUGACCGCACGAACCUCAGUGUUCUUCUUCUGCUUUGCUGUUGUCAAGACGGUGGACGAUCAUUGUGGCCUUUGGCUACCUGGAAACAUUUUCCAUGUCCUCUUUCAGAACAACACUGCCUACCAUGACAUCCAUCAUCAGCUCCAGGGCACAAAGUACAACUACUCCCAGCCGUUCUUCUCGAUAUGGGACAGGUUGCUGGGCACCUACAUGCCGUUCAGCUUGGUGAACCGUCAAGAAGGUGGAUUCGAGGCGAGGAUACUAAAAAAGACUACUUGACAUGUUCUGAGAUGGAGAUUUAGUUGGGUGUGCAUACAAAUAUACCAGUCAAUGAAAAUCUACACCGUUCAAUCCUCUCUAAACCAGUAGGAUGUUUCACUUUUUGUAUCGGUUCGUCCAUUCUCAUUGUUCGGAGUCGCAGCCACUGGCUCACACAUUACAUGUUUUUCUAGAAAUUCCGUGAUUCCUCCCGUGUAAAGUAUUUCUCCUGCAGUGUUUGGGAUGUUUUGUAGUGGUACUCGACUUUGUGGACGUUUUGGAAUUUUCAGAACUUGUGAGUCAAACUUUCUCAUGUAGAGAAGAGAUUGAACCAAAGUAGAUCAGAUUAAAUUGUUUUUUUUGUAA